AUGAAGUCUGUGAAACGAGAAGACUCAAAAGACUUUUCGAGAACGCGUACGUACGAAGUUGAGAUGGAGUUUAAAAAAACAGCUCCUAAACGCAAAUCGAAACGUGCAUCCUUGGUAAAAGCAACAGAGAAUAUGAAAAGUGCCUGUCCAAAGAGGAAGAACCGCGAACAAGAAUAUGAAGUUGAAGACAUUCUCUCUCAUGAAUUUGUGGAUGGUGAAACAGUGUACACAGUUACUUGGGUUGGAUAUCCUGGUGAAGUCACGGAGUUAACAGACGCCGACUUGAAGAACUGCGGUGAACUCGUGCAGAAAUAUUGGGAGAGAGUGAAUAAGGAUGACCACUCCCUUCCUGAGAAGUCUAUUGAGCCGCACCACCUCUCCGAAACCAUAAAUGCUAGUGAAAGAAAACAUCCACCUAGUACUACGGAAACGAGCGUCCAGGAAGACGUACGAGUCAAGAUAUCAAAUAACUUGGGAAGAAAUCUGAAUACUGUCGAAAACGGUUCCACUCUGGCAAUCUCAUCCAUCGGUAACACAACGAAAAAGAAGAGCUCACGAAAUUCAACCGAACAGACGACGGAGAAAGGUUCACUCGUGUUCCCUACAAAACGUCCUCGAAAGCCAAAGCUGCGACCAAUUCCACCUGAUUCUGAACUUGGAUACAAUAACGGUUGCAUCGUUGACGAGUACAAAGGGUUCUCGACAAAGUACACUGAGCCUGUUGUUUUGGUGACUUAUAAAGAACCGUUACCUAAAGGUUUCGAAGAUAGGCAAGAUGAAAUUGUUCCUGUGCGUAUUAUCGCAGAAAAAGAUCCGCAAAAACUGAUAGUGCAUUUGGUGGAUUUGCUGUCAAACAAUCGUGGAACUACCUCACACUGA